AAGACGUCAUCACUCCUUGCUCCUCCCCCUCCAUGAGCUUGUAGUCCUGACAGGCUAAGUUAGCAGCAGGCUAGCUGAAGAACUGGCUCCUUCCGCAGCUGGAUAAAAAACCCCGCUGUUCACCGGGCCACUACAGAACCGAGAUCAUGGCGGAUUUCUCGCUGACAGAUGCUUUGGGGGACGACACCCCGAGCCAGGCGAAGAAGAGUGGCAACACGAACCCGUCGGCCCCCGCCAGCAAUCAUCCAGCUCCUGCGAAUCCAGGAUGGCCCGGCUCGGCCCCCGGAGCUCCCACCCAGCCCUCGGCUCCGAGCGGCUACGCCGGCGGUGGAUCAUCAGGACCGGGAGCUCCGGGGCAGUUCCCGUUCCCCUCUGGUCCCGGCGCGCCGGGGCAAUACCCAGGACCUCCCUCGGCACCUGGCGGGUUCCCGCCUGGUCACGGAGUACCUGGACAAUAUCCACCUGCACCGGGAGCUCCGGGGCAGUUCCCCUCCAGCCCCGGAGCCCCCGGGCAGUUCCCCGGGCAGUUCCCUGGGCAGUACCCACCUGAAGGAGCUCCAGGACAGCUACCCGGAGGCCCCGUUCCUUACCCAACUGGACCGUUUGCCUCCGGCCCCGGAGCUCCUCCUGGGCCUUAUCCAAAUGUGCCUUACCCAGGUUGCCAGCCAGGAGGGGGCAACGGCAUGUACGGACCGGGCGGUCCAGGUGGAUUCCCCCCUCCAGCUGGCCCUGGUGGAUUCCCCCCUCCGGCUGGCCCUGGCGGAUUCCCCCCUACAGCUGGCCCUGGCUCUUUCCCUGCCUUCCCUACUGGAGGCUUUCCCCCGAUACCCGCUGGGUCAUGGGGACCACAUGCAGGUGGAGGCUUCCCUCCUGCCCCUGGCCCCUACGGUCCCGGCCCUGGGCCCAUGGGUCCGUAUGGUGGACCCGCUGCACCAGGAGGCAUGCUGAUGGUGCCUCAUGAUCUCCCUCUUCACGCUGGGAUGAUGCCACAGCUUCUGAUCACGAUAGUCGGGGAGCCCGUACCCGGUGCAGACAGGUUCCAGGUCGAUUUCUUUAGAGGUCAAGAUGUCGUCUUUCAUUUCAAUCCUCGAUUUCCCGAGCAGACCAUUGUCAGGAACUCCAACCUCGAUGGAUGCUGGGGCCCCGAGGAGCGGGACGGAGGCUUCCCAUUUGUUCAGGGACGCCGCUUUGAGCUGAAGAUCCUCGUGGAGGAGGACAUGUUCAAAGUGGCGGUGGACGGCACUCACCUGCUGGAGUACGAGCACAGAGUCGGCGGCCUGGAGGAGGUGACCCUGGUGCGCGUGGUCGGGGACGUCAUUCUCCACAGCGCGGCCCCGAGCAUGAUCUGAGCUGGAGUGAAGCACAAAGCCGUACGAGAGACAUAGGUUCAAACUUUACCACUGAAUAUCUGUAUCUAAAAUCCCUUCAAAGGCACAAUAGUCGGCGAAGUGCCAUCUCCGCCCGCCUGGCACAUUUAUAAACAAACCAGAUGGCAGAUGAACUCUGGUUUACACGCUAUAAUCCAUUUCUUUUUCUUUUUUUUACUGGAUGACGUCUCAGUGUAUAGCCGCUCACAGUCCUAUAGAUUUUAUGACCUAACAGCAUCUAAUUAUGGAAUGAGGUGAAGUGCUUUUAAAACAGAUAUUUUUGAGGAAAUACUAAUUUAUUCCCUAAUUGAAAAGAUUGUAGGCAGAACAGGAAAAAAAGUGACAUGUCCUAAACAUUUCAUACAUUUUCCAGCUGUAUUUAGUUUACAGUACCUGUAUGCGCUUAUUAUUCUGUCCUUUAUAUCAAAAUCAUGAUAUGCCUUUGUAAUGCAUGAGGGAGUGUGAUGCCGGUCAGUGCUGGCCAAAAAACAGUCGGCUGAUGAUGAAGUUUCUUAAAAAUGAAUUUAAACGCAGACUUUUUGCUCAGUAUUAAUCCUCCCCGAGCUCUCGGAACCGAAGGGCGACGUCACGUGACGUUUGACGACUUAUGAUUUCAUGUUGAAGUCAAAAUCAACUUUAAAAAAAGUGAGGCUCAAAUUUAAGUAAACUGGGGGAAAGCGGGGGGGGGGGGGGGAUUGGGUCUCUGAUCUGUUGCCAAAGAUAUCAGUGGUGCAGUAUUUUGAGAUUUGUUUGCUUAUAAAUAAAAGUGGCAACAAACAAAUACUGAAUUGAUGCUGCUGUUUUGUUCAGAAAAUUGUAAAUUUUUCAUGAGCUACCUGCACAUGUAAUAAACAUUGGUUUUUCCCUGUA